GAAGCCUGCAAGUCCCUCUAUCCCCAAGCUCCUGUGUGGCCCCUGAAGUAUUCUGACCUCUCCUUUCCUUCCCUCUCAGUCAUCUUCCUCUUUCUUCCUUGUAUUCACCAAUUUCUAUCUCAGCAUCUCCUCUUUCCAUUGCCCUCUGAUCCCCUGUCCUGGUGUUCUGGGGUCCCGAGAGACCUCAACCCAAGGCUCAGUCCUGGAGGAACCCCCAAACUUAAGGAGAUGGAUCUUGACAGAGACAUCCCCAACUUCAUGGGGUCAGGAAAGGGCCAGAGGGUGAUGGAUGACAGCCCAGGAAGAACAAGGUCUUCGCUGAGACAGCCGGGAAGGCUUCCUGGAGGAGUUGCUGGAGCUGAGUCUGGAGCAAUGAGUAGGAAUGUUUCAAAGGACAACGUGGGUGAUGCAAUUGGGCAUCAUUAGUAUUCAAGGUCCCGUGCCAGGCCCAGCAUCACCUUGCCUGUCCCAAAGCCCUGAACAACGAGGAGGGCUUGUGGCUGGUGGAGGAUCCAGGCUAUUAUUUCCAUGAUGUCCACCUCUCUGGUGUGGGUCAAUUCCUUCUACCCUAAAAUCCUGUAGCUUGUCUGCUUAAGUUCAUUGCUGUCCGCUCUAGGCCCUGGCAGUCUCCAAAGGGAGACUCCACCCCAGCUUGGGACCCUUUCCUUGACCACUGUGCUUACCAUCUUGGACAGGCCAGGCCAAAUGGGAAUGGGCAACAUCCUACAGAGACCGUGGCUCUUAUCUCAAAAUACGAAGUGACUCUGGGCUUGUUCCCAGCUGUCUCUGGUUAUUGAGGUUUCUUUCAGUUGUGAGUGGUGGAAACCCAACCUGGUGUGGUCUGAGUAAUAAAGGAGAAUCUAUUGAGUUUAAAGUCCAGGGAGGGUGGCCUUCAGGCAUGGCUGGAUCCAGGUCUCAUACAAUGUUACUGGGAAUCUGUCUUCCUCUCUUGGCUUUAGCUUUCUCCACUUCACUUUUCCUUUCAAGGCAGCCUUUUCCUCAUGACGUCAAGGAUGAGUCCCAGAAGCUCAGUUCCCAUGGGAAAGCCCACAUUUCCCCCAGAGUUCCCAGAAAUAGCCCAUGAUUUACUUGUCCUGGCCUGGGUCACAGGACCAAUUUGUCCUCCAGUCCCUGUGUCUCUGAUGGCCCAGUCUUGGCAGGUCUGAGACUUCCAGAGCUACUGUUUUGGGGACACAAAGAAGUUUGAUGGUUAAGGACUCAGGCCAUGGAUGCAGACAGACCCAGCCUUAGGCCUGAGGCUUAUGGUCUGGGACUGUGGGUAGUGACUUUAUCAUCCAGAGCCUCAGCCUCUGCAUCUGGAAAAUGGGAUGAAUACACCCAGGGAAUGUGGUGUGUGACUCCACGUGGGGAAAGACCUUUUCUGUCCGUGUCACUGAAGGACUGGAGAGUCCUGCAUGGAGGAUGUGAGGAGGAAGCUCACAGAGCUCGGCACUGAGAGGAGGAUGAGAUGCCGCUUGAAAUUCUCAGGGUGAGGGUCUUGACCUCCUCCCUGCAGAGCCUUCUCUCUGACAGCCCAGGAGAGCAUGAACUGGGUCCUGUGUGUUUUUCUCCAGAUUCACAGCUCGGAGGAAGGUCUCCUUUACACACAAAGCCUGGCGUGCACCUUUGGUGAUGUGUGCUGCUGGUGGGUGGGGCCCUGGCACGCGAUCGUCCGCAUCUUCCACCCCACCUGCAUCAAGCCUGUGCUCUUUGCUCCAGCCAUUGCACCAAAGGAUGAAGUCUUCUAUGGCUUCCUGAAGCCCUGGCUGGGGGAUGGGCUCCUGCUGAGUGCUGGUGACAAGUGGAGCCGCCACCGCCGGAUGCUGACGCCCGCCUUCCACUUCAACAUCCUGAAGCCCUACAUGAAGAUUUUCAAUGAGAGCGUGAACAUCAUGCAUGGCAAGUGGCAACGCCUGGCCUCAGAGGGCAGUGCCCGUCUGGACAUGUUUGAGCACAUCAGCCUCAUGACCUUGGACAGCCUGCAGAAAUGCGUCUUCAGCUCUGACAGCCAUUGUCAGGAGAAGCCCAGCGAAUAUAUCGCCGCCAUCUUGGAGCUCAGUGCCCUUGUGGUAAAAAGACACCAGCAUCUCCUCCUGCACACGGACUUCCUGUAUUAUCUCACCCCCGAUGGGCGGCGCUUCCGCAGGGCCUGCCGCCUGGUGCAGGACUUUACAGACGCCGUCAUCCGGGAGCGGCGCCGCACCCUCCCUAGCCAGGGUGUUGACGACCUCCUCCAAAUCAAAGCCAAGUCCAAGACUUUGGACUUCAUUGACGUGCUGCUGCUGAGCAAGGAUGAAGAUGGGAAGGAGUUGUCUGAUGAAGACAUAAGAGCAGAAGCUGACACCUUCAUGUUUGAGGGCCAUGACACCACGGCCAGUGGUCUCUCCUGGGUCCUCUACCACCUUGCAAAGCACCCAGAAUACCAGGAGCGCUGCAGGCAGGAGGUACAAGAGCUUCUGAAGGGCCGUGAGCCUAAAGAGAUUGAAUGGGAUGACCUGGCGCGUCUGCCCUUCCUGACCAUGUGCAUGAAGGAGAGUCUGCGGUUGCAUCCCCCAGUCCCUGCCGUCUCCCGCUGCUGCACCCAAGACAUUGCUCUCCCAGACGGCCGGGUCAUCCCCAAAGGCGUUAUCUGCCUCAUCAGUGUUUUCGGAACCCAUCACAACCCAGCUGUGUGGCCAGACCCUGAGGUCUAUGACCCCUUUCGCUUUGACCCAGAGAACAUCAAGGAGAGGUCACCUCUGGCUUUUAUUCCCUUCUCGGCAGGGCCCAGGAACUGCAUCGGGCAGGCAUUCGCGAUGGCGGAGAUGAAGGUGGUGCUGGCGCUCACGCUGCUGCGCUUCCGUGUCCUGCCGGACCACAUGGAGCCGCGCAGGAAGCCGGAGCUUGUCCUGCGUGCGGAGGGCGGACUUUGGCUGCGUGUGGAGCCCCGGAGCUGAGGUCUGCAGAGACCUACUCUACCCUUCCUAAAAUGACCCCUGAUUCAUCAAAAGUGAGGCAUAGAAUUACCAUAUGACUCUAUUCCACUGUAAAGCUUUCCAUCCUAGAUGUAUACUCAAAAUAACUGAGAAAGGUGUUCAAACAAAAAGACGCCUGUGCGUGAAUGCUCACGGCAGCCCUAUUCACAGUAGCCAAGCGAUGAAAACAACCCCAGUGUAUAUAUUACCAGAUGAAGGCAUAAACAAAGUGUGGCCCAUCCAUACAGUGGAAUAUUACACAGCCAUAAAAAGGACUGAAGCGCAGAUCCAUACACUAUGGAUGAACCUUGAAUACAUGAUACUGAAUGAAAGACAUCAGAUGCAAAAGGUCCCGUAGUGUAUGAUUCUUUUAUCUAAAAUUUCCAGAACAGGCCAAUCUGAAGAGAUGUAAAGCAGAUUGGUGGCUUUCAGGAGCUGUGGGGAGGUGGGACUGAGGAGGACCUGCUAAUCAGGACAGGGUUUCCUCCCGGGAUGGUAAAAAUUCUCCAGAUCCAGAUAGUGAUGAAGGGAGCAUGACAUUGUGAGUGCACUAAAUGCUAUUGAACUGGACACUUUGAAAUGGUCAAAACGGUGAAUUUUAUUUUAUGUGAAUUCUACCUAAAAAUGAUGUAAUAAUUCAUAUAUAUUUUUUCCAUCUGGAUUAUUCACUCAGGAAUAUGUUGUGAGCAUCUUUCCAUGACAUUAAAUCAUCUUAGGAAACAUUAUUUUGUGUUUUUUUAAAAUGUGCAUGUUAAGUAUUCAAAUCAGUCUUAAAUUUUUAAGAAGACAUAAUGUUAGCAAAUAAUUUAAAAAGGUUUUGCCUCAGUUUGUAAGAAUUGUUUCCAUGCACAUUAAUGGCUUGAGACAUCAUUAUCAGUUACAAAUCGAGUCGUUCAUCAAAGGACUUUUGGGGUGGAGAUUUUAUUUUUAUAGCAAUAGAUGCACAAAUAUUCCUAUAAGAUACAGGUGUGGUUAGAGACUUUUCUAGAACAGGUAUGUCCUACAAACUCCACGGACACUGGCUGUUUUGGUCCUAUUAACAAGUAGACCACUGAGAAAGGAGAAGGUGACAUUUUAGCUUUUCCCCAGGUAAACGUGAUUUUCAUGCUCACACUCAUCUUAUGGAGUGGAUGUUAACUCUCUUGCUCAAGGUCACUCAGUGAGUGGCAGAGUGGGGAUAAAUCUGAUCCAUUUGGUAUCAGAGGUCAUGCCUUAUCCUACCACAGAAGUGAUUUUCAGAGUGAGUCUUAGCCCUAGGCACAUGAGAUCACCUGGGAGCCACUCCAGAGUGAGUAGAUGAGACUCUGACAGGGGGUGCCUAAAUUUUUAAAUGUAAUGCUGUUGAUAGGAAAUACAUUCACUCAUGUAAAAAGUUAAAUGCACAGUGACAAGUAUUGGUGAAGUGUUGGUGCUACACAUAUCCUUUGACUGCCCAGUUUCUCCAUCUUUCUAAAGGUAAACACUUUAACUCUUUGGGUACCCUUUCUAGCCUGGCGACAGAGUGAGAUUGAGUCUCAAAAAAGCAAAAAACAAAACCCACACUGUUUCCAAAGCAUCUGCAUUGUGUGUUUAAUUUCCAUAAAUAAUGUAUGAGAAUUUCUAGGUCCUCUAAAUAAUUAGCAGCCCUUAGUAGUGUCAGUUUUGGUUCCAGCCUUCCUUAUGGGUAUGCUGUGGCACAUCCCUGAGAUUUUAAUUCGCAUUUCCCAGUGAUUAAUGGUGUUGAACCAUUCAUGCCUUCAUGUACCUAUUUGACAUGCCUAUAUUUUCUUUGGUGAAGUGUCUGUUCAAAUAAUCUGCCUAUUAAUUUUUCCUUAGGCUGUUUGCCUUCUUAUUGUUGGAUUUUGAGUGUUCUUUAUAGAUUUUGUGCACAAGUCAGAUGUGUUAUUUACAAGUAUUUGUCAGAUGUGUGAUUUACAUGUCUUUUUCCUAGACUCUGAAGUUUCUUUCCUAGACAAAACAUUUUGAAUUGUUUUGAGGUAAUACUUACCAAUUUUACUUCUUUAUGAAUUAUGUUUACAUUGCCAUAUAUAGGAACUCUGCUUAACUGGAGUUUAUGGAGAUUUUCUCCAACAUUUUCUUUUAAAAGUUUUAUAGUUUUAGAUUUUACAUGUAAUUAUAUGGUCAAAAUUUAUUUAGUUAAAUUUUGUAUGGGGUGUGAACUAUGGUUUGACUGUUUUUUUUUUAAAUAGCUAUCCAAUUGUUCCAUACAAUUUUUUUGGAAAGAGUAUCCUUUUUGCAUUAACUUUCCUUACAGGUUUGUAGAUCACUCAAUUGUUUAAAUUUGGGUGGAUAUAUUUCUAGAUUUUCUAUUCUGUUUCGUGCUGGCCCAGUACCACACUGUCCUGGUUACUGUAGCAUUAUAGUAUGUCUUUAAAGGAAUAAUGGGAAUGCUUCAACUAUAUAUUUUUCCAAAUAAUUUUUGGCUAUUCUGCAUCCUAUGUGUUUUUAUGUAAAUUUUAUGAUCAGUGUGUCUAUUUCUACAAAUAGUCCUGAUAGGAUUUUAAUUGAAAUUUAUGUGAAUCUAUAGAUCAAUCUGAGGAGACUUAACAAUGAUAUUGAUUAUUCCAGUUCAUGAACAUAGUAUACCCUGCCUUUAUUGUCUUCUUGGAUUUCUUUUAUCAGUGUUUUGUAGCUUUCACCAUGACAAUCCUGCACGUAUUUUGUUAAAUUUACAGCUGGGAAUUAAAUUUUUUUCUAGUGUACAAUGCUAAUAAAAUGGUGAUUUAAAAG